AUGCAGAAAAAUUGUCUUGCUCCCUUAAUAACGCUACGAUUGAUUCAUUUAAAUGGCACCAUUACCCCGAUAAGCAUUAAUUAUCCAAAGUUAGAUACAAUUCAGGGCAAUGACCCAUGUAUAAAUUAUAUUAAUAACCAAGUUGGUUAUAGAAAACCAUUAUCAAAAAGGGAUCCUGCUACUACAUCACAAGAUAAUAUUACAAAAAGUAAAAAUGAAUUAUCUAUAGAAAAACCAACAUCAUCAUUAAUGACCUCGACAUCUAUUUCAUCAACCGUAACGGUACCUGAAGGAGAAGUACCUUUAAUUGAAUCAACUGAUUUGUUUGCAAGUAUUGCUCCAAUUACAGAAACAUCCAAAAAAAGAUCAUCAUUAACGACCUCAACAUCUACUUCAACUGAACCAACCGUAGAUUUAGCAACAACAACCUCACAAACUGAUGAACCAAUAACUUCUACAUCUGAUUCAACUUCAUCAUCAACACCAUUAACUGUAUUAACUGAUAGUACUGAUCAUUCUAUAACAACUUCAGCUUUACCAAUAACCCCAGAAGCUUUAAUAUCAUCAUCUGAACUAUCGCCUACAUCAUCAUUUACAUCAGUAUCACCUACAUCACUACCUUCAUCGCUACCUUCAAAUGCUAAUAGUAGUGAUGUUGUUUCACCAAAUAUUCAAGACAGAUUAAAAGUAUUUGCUGUUUCUCUAAAUUUCAUUUUAUUAACUCAUCCUUGUGACUUAUCAUCUGAUUCCAAUGGAUUAUGUGCAACAGUUCUUAAUUGGGAUGGUCGUAUUUUAAAUUCCACAAUAAAACUAGAUAACAUAUGUACUUAUAACGAAGUUAUAGAAAAUCCCAACGUAAAAGAUCUUGGCAGUUUCUUAACAGUGUGUUAUAAUUCUGAUAGUAAUAAAUUAUUUUGGUCGAUUUAUACAACUCCUGAUCAUACAGGUUCAAUUGAUAGAAAAGCUAUAGGUGUACUCGAAAAUCAAGUCAACUUCUCAUCAAAUUUAACUAAUAUCUUUUCAACAGAAGAUGGUGGCUACGCUAUCAUCACUUCUGUUUAUAAUCAAAUGAUUCAAUCGGAUUAUUUGCCUCCUUGGAGUAUCUAUGCCACAUUCCUACCAUCAAUAUCUCAAAUCCCAAAAGAUGGAAAAACAAUUACAAGAGGUCCUUAUCAAAUCUAUUUACAAUCAACCGGACUAAUCAAAUCUUUUAAAAUUUACCAAUGCUCAAUCUCUUACCAUUCUUAUGGUUAUAGUUGUGUUAUAAAUAUGGAUCGUUAUGAUGUUAAUAAACAGUUAACACGAUCUGUAUUUUUAAGGAUUGAUUUUCUGGCAUUUGGUUCUGUUAUUAAAGUAAAGGAACUUGGUAUUUCUGGUAAUAAUGAUAAUGUUAAUAAUCAAAUUUUAGCUGGUAAAAAUAUAUGGGAUAUUAUGCCAUUGUAUUAUGGUGGUUACUGUCUAAUGGCUGAAGAUCUUGUAACAAAGACUGUUCAAGGUGUAAUUUAUAGUACUGACGGUGAUUAUGUUAGUGAUUGGGGCAUGCCUGCUGGUUACACGUAUGAAAAAACUGUUGGCAUAGCUACUAAUAAUACUAUCUGGUCUGUUUCUAUGGAUCAAUCAAAGACCAACUGGAAAUUAAUAACUACUGAUUCUGUAGUCAAUUAUACUAGCGUUGAUAUAGUUACUACGGGUAAUCCAGCUGAAUUUGGAAAUAUAUUUAUAAAUUCAACAUUUCCGCCAAAAAAUUCUAUUAUAACACAAAGCAGUACAACUCCGUUAAACAUUACCUAUUUAAACCAAGUACAGUUAGCAUCUGGUAACAUUAGUAUAUAUCAAGUAAACGACAAUCCUAUUGAUGAUGAUUCUCUAUCAUCAUUUAUUAAUACGGAUAAUUCAAUACUACGACAAACUUUUUCUGGCAGUGAUUCAAAAUAUGUAAAGAUGAUCGAUAACAAUACCAUAACUCUCAAUGUUUUAUCAAGUACUUUCAAUCAACCAGAUAAAAGUUAUUAUAUAUCGGUUGAAAAUGGGUUUGUUAAAGAUAAAAAGACAAAUCAAAACUUAUUAGGUAUCAAAUCAAAUAUGUGGAAAUUCAGUACAGAUUUACCUAAUUCAGAUACGACUGAUCAAAACUCAAAAAGUGCGUUAAUAAGAUUAACACCUGAUGGUAGUUCUUUCUAUACCACAACCUCCUCCGCCAAUCAAUCCAUAUUUUCCGAAGGAAUAUCAAGAGAAAUAGCACUGAUGAUACCAUGUCAUAUCUCACGUGUAAGCACGACAAAACUCUAUCAAUACGAUGCAUCAAAACCAAAUCAAAUACUAUUAAGAGUUGAUGUUCAACAACCUUCAAAUAAUAAUGAUAUUUCUCAGUCAUCAAUAACAGAAUCUGGAUCCGAUGAGGUUUUACGUGACUUGGAUGUUUUGAUUAGAAAUAAGUUUAUCACCCCUAUUUCAAAAGGUCUUUAUACUCGCUAUCUUGAUGAUGAGUUUGGAAGCCCUAGAAUUCGAUUUUCUAUAUUAAUGAUUAUACAAAUUUUCAUCUUUUGUCUUGCUAGAAGAAUAAAUAAAAAGGGAAGAAAUUGUGCUGUGUUUUUGUUUACUUUAAUUGCAAUCGAUUUAGGUUUAGACAUAGCAUUUUUAUUAAUACAUGGACAAGAUUUAUUAUGGUUAUAUCCAGUCAGUGCAAUAUUUAUAACAUUACCAAUCCUUUACAAUAUUAUAUCAACAUAUUUCAUAAUUACAACUGAAACAAAAAAUGAUGCCUUUUAUAAUUGGUGGCGUAAACAUUCAAAAACUGGAUUAUUGUUUACCGUAUUAGCAGGUGCUGAUUUGGAAUCUCUUAACACCAUAUCUUCGGGUUGUAUGUCGUUGGAUAUGUUAAGUGCACCUUUAACUCCUAGAACUAUGGAUUGGAUUUGUAUUCGUAAUGAUCGUAAAUUAAAAUUUAAAAAUGGUAACGAUUCUAUAAUUUCUGUUCCAUAUGAAGAAACCAACGAUGAUAAUUUAUCACAACCACCUACUAAAACACCAAAACACUAUUCAUCGUCAUCAGAUAAACCAGGAUUUUUUAAAUCUUUAUUUAAAAAAAGUAAGAAAGAUGACAAAAUUACUGAUUAUAUUAUUCCACCAAAAAAAAUCGGUUCUGCUGAUACAUCUAGAAGCAGUUCUUUAUCAAUGGUCAAUUCAUCUGAUGGAAAGCAAAGUCAUAAAAGUAGUCGUAGUCACAAUUCUUCAAUUCUUAGUUUUAAAUUCAUUUUUAGUUCUUCCGGAUCAAGUAAUAAUGGUGAGAGUGGGAAAAGAGGAAGUUUUAGCAGUUCAAGAUUUGGUUUCAGUUUUCUUGGUGGUGGUGUUGGUAAUGGUAAUAAUAAUACAACAGAUGAACCAAUAAUAUCUACUGAUGAAAAAACAGGUCAACCUCGUUUAGUAUUAAGAGAUCCUAAAAACAUAUUACCAGGAAUUAAAAAAACAAAAAUAAGAAAUGUUGAAGAUUCAAUAAUAAAUGUUGAAGGAGAAGCUAUUUCAACAAGAAGUAAACAUAAUUCAUCAUCUGGUGUAAUAGGAAAUACUGGUAAUCUUACACAAUUAUUACUUGAACAAGGAUAUCAGCAACAACAAUCAAUGUUAAUAGGUAGUGGUGGUAGUGGAGAAAGGGAAAUUGUUGGUGGUGAUGGUAGUGGCGAGAGAGAAGCCGACGAAGAAGUAUUAUCGUUGAUUAGUAGUAGUGAGAAUACAAGUCAUGGUGGGAGUAGUAUGUUAUCAAGACAUAUAACAUCAGCAAGUGCUACUACUACCGUAACCGAUGAAAGUUUAUUAACUCGGAAUACGAGCCUUUCAUCAAAUGUCGCUAAAGAUGAAAAACAAGGCCAUGAUAUUAGUUGA